UUUAUUUUGAAUUUUUGAUGGAGCAAUUUCCAGUGAAUGAAACUGAUUUAACCGAAGAGAUUAAAAAAUUAAUAAAUGAAAAAGGUUUAGAAGUUGUUACUAGCAAAAUAAUUCGAAAUCAUCUGGAGGCCAAAUUUAAUUGUGACUUUGAAAAACACAAGAGUCGUUUGGAUAAAUUAAUCGAGGAAUGUAUUGGUAAUUAUUUGAAAGAAAUUGUUAAAAAUGAAGGAAAGAAGGAGGAAGAGGGAAAUGAUAAAAUUGAGAAGAGAGAUGUUCAAGAGAAGACAAUAAAACAGGAUGAGGAUUCGCAAUUAUCAUCUUCUGAAUUUUCUGAUGUGGAUAAUGUUGAAAGAUCUUCAAAAAUAGUCCAAAAUUCAAGCCAAACUAAAAAAGGAAACAAGCGCAAAACUUCAAGUAAUGAGCCAUCAACAUCAAAAACUCCUUUAGAUGAAGAAAAUGAUGACAUGGUUUCUUCCAUUAAACGACGUCGUUCUGCUGCACCUUUGCCUAAACGAACUUCAAAACAAAAGGAAAAGAAGAAAGAAAAGGGAUCUUCGACUAAACGACAAACUCAAUUUACAAAAAUUUGUGCCUUAUCUCCAGAAUUGUCUGAUUUACUUGGAAAAGGUUAUAUGCGUCGUUCUGAAGUUGUUAAAGGUGUUUGGACUUAUCUAAAAUCGAAUAAUUUGCAAGACCCGAAGAAAAAACAAUUUUAUUUUUUGGAUGAUCCUUUGAAAAGAAUUUUUGGUUCUUCGAAAACUAAAUUUAAGGCUUUUGGAAUGAUGGGAAUAUUAAAUAAGCAUGUUAAAGAUGUUGAAUUUCUGGACGUGGAAUCCCGUCGAAUUGCUGAAGCGGAAAUUGCAAAAAUUAUUGAUGAAGAAAAUAAAACAAAUAAAUCAGCAAUUCAUUCGGACACUGGAGAGGAGGAUGAGGAGGGAGAAGAAAAAGAAGAAGAAAUGGAGGGAGGAAAUGAUGGUGGUAAUAAAUUAUCCAAUAAAAGUGAUGACGUUUCCGACGAGAAAAUUGGUGUAAAAGCUUCUUCAAAAGCGUCAACAUCUUCGGAAGGGGAGGAGGAAGAAGAGGAGGAAUAAUAAAUUAAAAAAGGGAGUAAAAAAUAAGGUUUGAGAUUUUUUAAUUUAUUUUUUUGUGGAUAGAGGGCUAUAUUUGCGGACAAAAAUGAAAAGCUUUUUUUGAAAUUGGAACAGAUAGCUUUUUGGGUUAUUUUUUGGUCCGGAACCUUGACUGUUUUUUGAUGUUUUUAAGGUAUAUUAGUAUAGGAUAUGAAAAAUUUAAUUUGUUCGAGAAUAUAGAAAGGCUUUUGUAGUUGUCCGCAAAUAUUGUCCGCAAUUUUCUUUUUUAAAUUAUAAAGAUGGAAUCUCGCUAAUACUUUGUCCUCGGGACCGAUUUGAACCGACAUAUGAAUCAGAAUGACUUGUGCCUGGGGAGAGAUGUAUUAGCGGUUUUCCACUUUCAAAAUCAUUUAAAGAAAUUUUCAUCGGGUACCAAACACUGUUUUCUGAAAAGUAUGUUUUGUGGCUUUUAAACCCUAAAAAAAUUUUUUUUCCAAUUGAUCUGGUGAAAUUGAUUUCCCGAAAAAUUUUUAAUUUUUUUUUGUUAUU